UCUGCGAGGCAGGGAGGCCCUGAAUAUGCUUAUUAUCUGAUAGGCCUCAUUUGUUGAAUAUAUACAAAGAAAGGAUGAAUGAGUGAGGGCUCCAGAGAAGGAUCUGUCCAGGGAGACGGAUCUAGCUCCCCUGUGCAGUGCCCUCAGAUGGAAUCAAGCCUGGCCUCACUUAAAUACUUGAAGCACCAACCAACCCCUUGGGUUUACUUUUCUCCUCACUAGAGGCUUUGGCUGCCUCUCUACUGCUAGCGGCCUAAUAGGAGAUGACAGACAUAGCAUAUUGGCGGCAAUGUUCCGUCUGAGUGCUGGCCAUACUCUCCCUCCGAAUUCUGGUAUACCCCUGAGCCUCCGAUGUCUGCCAGGCUCCCAGGCUCCCUUCAACCCUGGGCCACCAGCAAGGCCAAACUACUCUAGGUUCAGCAAGGCGCUGCCACCCAAGCAAGCCUCCUGCCCCAUGGGCCUGGCGACACCCCCGCCACACAGACCCCCUCUAUUGACUUUGCAUCCAUCACUGAAGUGUGUCUCCAAACACUACUGGUCUGGGGCACCUGGGUGGCUCAGUGGGUUAAAGCCUCUGCCUUCUGCUUGGGUCAUAAUCCCAGGGUCCUGGGAUCAAGCCCUGCAUCGAGCAGGGCCUUGGUGGCUGCCUCCAGUGGUGUGGAAUUGCGCCCAGGACACCAGUGCAGGAAAAGACGCAGGUCUGCGUGACCCUGCCUGUCUGUCGGAAGGGAGCAGCCAAGCUCAGGAAGGCGGCCUCUGGCUCCCUUCCACCUGCGGAGUCCCAGGUGGGGGGCCGAGCGCUGGCUCACAGUGGGCAUCCACGCUCUGGAAGGAGCGGUCUGGGAAAUGUCGCUGUAGCCUUCUGCCUGCAAAGCACAGAAAAUACGGGGGAGGGUGUCCUGGGUGCUCUUCAGCCACAAGAGGGUUACCUGCACCCCUGUUUGUGCCUGGAGAGCGCUCACCACCCCUCCCCCCCACCCUUCCACACACACCCCCCCCCCCGGGGCGGGGCACACAGCCCUUGCUGAAUGAAGGUGCUUCUGGUAGAGGGUGGUGGGUGACUGGCAGCCAGGGCCAGGCCCCAGGAGAUUCAGCAGCGGAUAAGACAGAGCCCGACCCUAAAGAAGGGCUGACCCUCCAGGGCCCGCAGAGACUGGAAUCAUCAAGGAAUGUGGUUGGUGUAACAGGGCGUCUGUCCUAAAAGCCUGGGCAGCACAGGGAGCUGAGAGCAGAGGGGGCGCACCUGAGCCAGUGUGGGGGGUUGGGGCACAGAAUGGUAAGAGCCAGCUUUCCAGUAGUAGUAGAGUCUAAUACAAGGCUGGAAGGGAAAACUACAAAUUGACCACAUUAAGCAGGAAGAAACAAACGGUGCCUGAGUGCGUCUGCACAACAAUGCUAAUUUCCACUUGAAGGGAGCAUAUGCAUAUACAAACCCCCAGAAGCUGUUUGGCAGUGACCACAAGUAGACAGCUGAGUCCACCAGUGCACAGAGUGGUGAGUCAGGAUGGUGGACAAGAAAUGAAGCUGGAGAGGAAAGCAUGGGGAUCCCAAGGGGCCUUCCACAGCUCAAAGAAUCUGAGCUUUAUCCUGUGGGCAGUGGCGAGCCAUAGUAGGUAUUUAAGCAGGGACAGGAGUCCCUGUGCUGCAGUUUGUGGAAUAGGCUGGAGAGGGCUGGACUGCGGGUGAGGAUGUCAGUGACGACGCUGAGGCAGUGUAGCCUGGAACUACUGCCUGCCUAGAAGAGGACAGGGAAAAGACAGAGCAGACUGCUGGGAGUUUAGGAGGAGGUGAGUGCACAGGAGGGGGUGGGAGAGGGAGCAGGGAGAAACCUGGGGUGGUUGCCAGGUUUCAGCACCACGUACACCUGGAAGGGUGGGGCCCCCACCAGCUCCUGGCACUGGAUCCUGGGGUGGUACCCACCCACAGGCUUCCUGCCUCUGGACUGAGUUCACAAAAAGCCUCUUCCCUCCCGUGAACCUUAUGGCCUACAUGCAGUUCAAUUCCACCAACAUUUGUUGAGCAGCUCUCAUUGGCCAGGAACCAGGGAAGCUUCUCCCUUUCUCACCUAAGGGAGUUGGAGCUGGAUGACUGAGAGGCUCUGGAGCACGGAUAGGGGGCUGAGGGUGGGCAGGGAGAGGCUGUGGACACAGAGCCUACAUUCAGGCCUUCUCUCCUCCCCCUGUGGAGGAGGGUCUUGACCCAUGACCUCUCACCCUCAUGACUGAAAGGUACAAAGAACAUCCAGCACAGCCUUAGACAAAGGCCCCGGGCCUCAGCCUCUGCUGGAUCAGGCAGCCACCCCUGGUCCUUUCUACUUUGAGUUCUGCAUUCCUUCUGCCCUGAGAUACCAGAUGAAAGGAGAGACCCACGUGCCUGUUCACCGCAUUCACCCUGAGGACUGGUGGUCUGCCAUCCCACAGAUGCUCUGCUUGGAACCCAAGCAUGUCCCCCCCGGGGCUGUCCACAGAAGACAGGAGCCCAUUACUUACUCCUGGGCUGACGUCGGAACUUCUUACCAAUUCAUUCUCACAGUAGUGCAGGCCAAUUAGAGGAGCCUAGAAGGGAGGCCUGCUUUUUGAAAAGGUGAGCGGCCAGGAGUCAUCCCCUGGGGGGCUGGGCCCUGGAAAAGAAUGCUGGUAAAUAGCAUUCACUGUUCCUGGAAACACUCUACAUUCCUACUUUCUGAGUCUCCCUAACUCUGUAAGAUCAUUAUUGUUGCCACUUCGCAGAUGAUGAAACUAAGGUUCAGUUAGGCCGAGAAGUUUGCUCAUUUAGGGUCACACAGCUACUGGGGGGGCUGAACUAGACUUUUAACCAGCCCAGACCCCACACUAAUGCCUUCUUCCAAGUAACUCUUAGUGACUACAGGGUAAUUAAGCUUUGCUCCCUGGACCCCUGCUCUGGGCCAGGGCCUGCCAGUAGUCCUAGGAAGAUGUUCUCUCACAUCUUUCUCAGGUUGUUGGCCUAAACCUGUUCUUCUUCACCCCUCCCUGGCAGGGAGUCUCCCAGGCACCGUGAAGUCCUGCUUUUGUCCCAGCCUGUUUCCGGACCCUAAGGAUUCCUGAGACUUGCUAUUCCUUCUCUGGUUCCGGCUCCAAGAAGCCUCAGGACUUCCUCAUCCUCUGGCUCUGGGACACUGUCCAGGGCGUCAGCCUACUGGCCUGAGCCUCCCACCCUGGGUUUAAUUUCCACUAACCCUAAUGCUCUCCAAAUCCCCGGCUGAGACGCCAGACCCAAGUACAGCCUGUAGAGCUUAUUCAUGUGCAGUAGAAGCCCAGUGCCCGUGGUGGGAGAGGGGAGAAGCCUCUAGGCCCCUGGCAGCUGUGUCCUGUGGAGGGGAAGAAAAAUAAUUUCUCCUAUACCCUUCUGAAUUCGUGACUGAGGCCCCUGUAAUAAAAAACAGAUUAACAUGAGAAAAACAAACAGAAGUUUAUUUGUAGGUGUACCUCCUGUAUAUAUCUGAGAUAAGAGAAAAAGUCAUUCGUCCCAGGGGGCCUAAGCCAGUAGCUUCAGCGACUUCAGCUAAAGACAAAAGAACAAAAGAUUCGCCAAGAGAAGAGGCCAAACAGAAUCCAGAUGGAGCUUUUCCCAAAGCUUCUGGGCGGCAAGUGGAUGGAAGUGGUGGGGAGAGUGGACGAAGAGAUGCUGCGGUUUGCCUCUGAGCCCCUCUUCUCCAGAACUGCCAUGCUCCUUUGCCCAGCUGCAGAAUGAGCUCAAGGCUGACAGAUGACAAGGAUGUCCCUCUCUGGGAUUUGCCCUCGGCUGAAGACGGCUACCUCUCCUGAUGACAACGUCCCUCUUGGGGGCAGCCUGCACCACCGCUGGAAGAGUAUAAAGCCCCACUAGCCUCAUUCUGGGACGUUUCCAACAGUCGGACUCCAGAGUUCACCAAGGGGUUAGCUGAGGCCUUUGGAGUGCUCUGCAGUUCGGCUUCCCCGCUGCCCAGCACUGUCCUUUCCACUUCCCACAGGCAUUGUCCCUGAGAGAGUACUCCCCAGUAAACUCCCUGCGCGCAGAUGUCCAUCUCGGGGUCCGCUGUUCCGAGGAAGCGAACCCAGAAAGAGGCAAACAUGAACUUGGAAUGGGGAGGAGGACAUUAGGCACCAUUAACACACUGACCUUCCUGUUUAUCGCAUUGCUCCCACCUGUUGGUUUUCCUUCCCCUCAAGGACUCUGCAGGCCUCAUCUGGGAGAACGAUAAAGAACAAAAACUCGUGCUUGCUA